GUGAGUCUACGCCGCAGGUGGGCAGCGUUGAGCCGGUCUGCUCCCCCGUCUCCCUUCGCACGUAGUAUUUGCAUUUUCCCCAAAAUCUCUCCACCUCACCAAAACGCUCCGAAUGGGAAGAAAAUAUGGCAUGAGGGAGGCGGCGGCUGUCAACCACCGUUCACCGUCUUCUACCGAGCACGAACCCCGGCUGAACAUGGACUUAAGGAUAGGCGGCAGCGCGUGUGGAGAGCAGAGACAACGGAGCACAAAGCGGAUGGGAGAAAACGCUCGUGUUCUCGCUUAGCGUUUCUGCAACACGACUCAUCAUCAGCCUGUAAUAUCUCUACAGACGCUCACAAGGGACGCAAGGUGGGAGCUGAUUCAAGCCUCCCAGACUGUAUAUAUACAGAAAAAUAAGCGGACCGUGGGUCCUAUUUAUCAGCCUCAUCAGUGCCAUCAUCUCUGGCUGAAUAAAAGACGAGAAAAUGAGUGAGCAGAGUAUCUGCCAGGCGCGGGCCUCGGUGAUGGUCUACGAUGAUGCCAGUAAGAAGUGGGUGCCCAUCAAGCCUGGGCAGCAGGGAUUCAGUCGCAUCAACAUCUACCACAACACUGCCAACAACACCUUCAGAGUGGUGGGCGUCAAACUGCAGGACCAGCAGGUGGUGAUCAACUACUCCAUAGUGAAGGGCCUGAAAUACAAUCAGGCCACCCCGACCUUCCAUCAGUGGCGUGACGCCCGCCAGGUCUACGGGCUGAACUUUGCCAGUAAGGAGGAGGCCACCACCUUCUCCAACGCCAUGCUGUUCGCCCUCAAUGUCCUCAGCUCACCUGACGGUGGAGGUCCAGUCGUCCAGCGCCAAAAUGGGCCCUCCUCAGAGGAAAGCGAGGCACAGAGGAGGAUGAUGGACCAACAUCAGAUGCACAAGGAGAGGGAGCGACGAACGUCAGGAUCAGUCGUUUCCACUCUCCAAUAUAAAGUCUCCACCCCUCCCACCCACCCAGACACUCCUCCUGAGUACAGACAGUACAGGGCUAGCACACUGCCACCCUCCUACGUCCGCAUGGCCUCCUCCUCUCCUCCCUCCUCCGCCUCCUCCUCUCCCUCUCAGGAGAAAGAGGCGGGGGCUGCUAGGGAUAAGGCCCAGCUCUCCUCCCAGCUCUCCACCUCGCUCGCCUCAGCCUUUUCCCCAGUCCAGGCAGGAGUGACCACCCAGGGCCGACAGGUCCGUCAGAUCCCCUUGUCUCCUCCCACAGCAGCCCGCCACCUACACCUUCAGCAACAACUGCAACAACAAGACAUCAUGCUCCCCCCUAAACACGGCACCUGGUCCGCCUCCCAUUUGCAGCAAAUGUACGCCCAGUUGCCCCCUUCCUCCUCCCCUCCAGUUAUGAUGGCCAUGCCUGUGAAGCAGGGUUUGCCCCCACAGCCUGUCCUCCCGAUGGCUCACCCCCUCCCCCCACUGAGCACUAGGAUGAAGCCCCCACCUCUUGACCCAAGUGCCGUGACGGGCCCUCACCAGUACCCCCAGCACCAGCCCCACCCUCACUCCAAUGGCCAGCCAGACGACUCCUACUCUCCUCAUUCUCAGCAUUUGCCACUCACCCCGCAGUACUGCGAGGCCGUCUCCAUGCCUCCUCUAAUAGGUCAGACAGCCCCAGGCCCUGCCCCCAGCCACCAGCCCCAAUACGCAUCCACCUUCCACCCUCAGCAGCAACAGCAUCCGCAACAACAACAACAUCAGCAGGUGUACUACCAGCAAGCCCAGCCCCCCACCACUACUUCCACCUCCUCCUCCUCACCCCCCUCUUACACUGCCAUGUCUGAUGGGGGCUCACCCAAGAAGACCCCCUCCCCCGUCCCCCAGCAGGCCCCCAUGGUCAGCAGCAGCCCCCCUGUCUCUGCAGGUCACCCAUCUAUGCUUUCUGUGGCACCUCCUCCAGCUGCUGCUCCAGCACCCAUGGCUGGUCCUCCAGCCCCACCACCACCACCGGGUCCACCGCCACCAAUGGCAGUGCCCCCACCCAUGCCCCCUCCACUGCCCACUGGUGGAGGGCCUCCUGGGGGCCCGCCAGGGGUCCAGCACCAACCCUCAGGACUGGCUGCAGCACUAGCUGGAGCCAAACUACGUAAAGUACAUAGGGAUGAGAGCAGUCCGCCUGGUUCUGGUGGCAAAAGUGACUCCAACCGGUCUAGUGGUGGCAGUGGCGGUGGUGGGGAGGGACUGAUGCAGGAGAUGAAUGCCUUACUGGCCCGCAGACGGAAAGCUUCAGAGAAACCUGAUGAAGACGACUCUAGUGGUCGAGGGCCAGGUCAUCAGAACUCAACAGAUGCUGUGAAGAAGCCAUGGGAACGAUCCAACUCUGCAGACAAGUCCUCACUGGUGUCCAGAGUGAGACCCAUUGGCAGCACUAGUGAAGCAGACACAGAAUUUGACAGGAUGAAACAGGAAAUUUUGGAUGAAGUUGUACGUGAGUUGCAUAAGGUGAAAGAUGAAAUCAUUAAUGCCAUCAGACAAGAAAUCGGCAGAAUCAGUACAUCCUAAUCUCAUCUGAGCAACAGUAGGAGGAGAGCAAGAGGAGGAGCUGGAGGAGGAUGGACAUGCAGAUGCACAGACGCGAGGACCAGGGAAUGUUCUCUCAAUGUUUCUGUGACCUUGCGAUGCCAUGAUGCAAGUUGCAGAGAUGUUGUGCCAACAUUUGAGUCUGCUGGACAGCGAAAAAACGGAAGAUGGAAACAGAUAAUAAGAGAUAAGUGGGUUAAUGAGACAGAGGAGCAGAAGAAACAGAAGGAUGGGUAAAGAAAGAUUAAAAGGACUGAUGAACUCAAACAGAGGAUGAAAAAUGUAGUAAAAGAUGAAUUGAAGUAUGGACGGACAUUCGUACUGAGUUUGUUGUUGUGGUCCUCUCUGUGCACCUAUAGACUCAGUCAGCCCGGUGUUGCAACUCUUUGUUCUCUGUUCAGUCCAAGUCUUAAGAAGAAAAUAUUUUUGUUUUCUAAGUUUUUACUGUUUUAUUAUUUAAAAACUGUGGUGAUAAUGAUGAUGCUGUUGAUAGCAAUGAGUAUUUUAUUGAUAUUAGAGAAUGAGAAAGGAAUCUUACACACCACUUAUGUCAGCCUUUUGUAUUUUGUAUUAUUUUUUGUUUAGUUUAUCCCUAACUAUUUGAUGAUAACAAGCACAAUAUGGGCAUCAUGGUGCUGCAGACUCACCUGCCCCAGACUGGCAUAUUUGAAAAAAACAAAAACAGGCUUUUUAUGACCUUGUUCAUACUGGUGUUGUGUGUCUAACCUUUUCUCUCCAGAGAUGUUGGGAAAACAUGUUAAUGUUUGAACCACAAUUAGCAACUUAAAUUACCUCUUUCCUCCACAUCCAAGGCUUAACACAUUACAAAUGAGCAAUCAAUUUUUUGGCACUUACUCAGAUAACACACAAUAACAGUAUGCUCUACAACUCCAGUGUGAGCGAGGUACACGUUUCUCUCUGCCCGUUCAGAUGUGUGAGAUCAUUGAAACUUGGGGAUCAUUCACAAAACAGGCCGAUACGUGUAAAUGUGCCACCUGGUUUUACCUAGAUAUAAAACAAUGUAGUACUAUCUAUUAGUCAUCCUAUGCUUUGUGAACCUCCCAAGUAUGCAUGAAACCCCCAUUUCUAUAAAUUUGUUUUUUUAUUUGGUUUGGGGAAAAAAUUACAAACGGUGGUACAUUUAUUAUAGUGGUUUGUUUCCAUGAAUAUUCCCCUUUCUAUAUAUGAGAUGUUGAACUUGAUAAUGGUAGCAAUGUGAAAAAAAAAAUUAAGGGGGUUGCUCUGGCAAUAUGCAAAUCUUACCUAGAUAAGAAUGUGCAGAAAGUGAAUGGCCUAUGUGAUGGUAGCUAAAUGUGUCUUUGCAGGAAGGACUUGGUUGAAUAUCGGUUGUUGCAUUCUAUCCGCUCUGUCCGCUCUCAACUACGUUCUGAUUUAAAAGCUGGAAGUAAAUUCAUUCAAACAAAAA